AUGAGUAAGAUGACUGAUGCUGCUGAAUGGGGCUCUGUGUCUCAUCAACACAUGCCUUGGGACAAUGCUUGUCAUUACCACGAGCAUGGUAGCGAAGCUUGCCAUCUCGUAGACGAGGAUGACAAGGUCCAAUCGCCCGCAUCCGUGCCUCUCAGACGCAGCCCCAGAUCAACACUUGCCGACGAGACUUUACUGAGCCUUCUCCCUACUAAAACCCUAAACACACUCUGUCAGUACAAUUGCUUCGCUACCGCAACCAUCCCUCCUGGUGCUCUGGAGAUGGAGGAGGAUUUCAAGCUCAACCAGCCUUCACCCCUCGGAAACAAACUCCCUAUUGAUCGCUCCUGCACUCAGUGGUACUGGGCGGACUGGGCUGACGACUUCACCUCUACCCCCUGGACGUCUGCAACUUGGAUCGAUGCUAUCAACGCUGAGAGGCAAAGUAUAAUUCGCGCCAUAAAGUAUGAUUUGGGCCCUCCACCUCCUCGCAGAGGUGGACGUUUCUCGGUACUUGGCUAG